AUGAUACCUUUAAAUAAUGCUCAGGAGCAUUCAUCCUAUGGUUAUGGUGCUGAAACCGAUUUUUACAUUAUUGUUACUAUUCCAUUAUUAGUUAAUAUCUUUAGUUUUUUAGGAAGUUUAUAUAUUUUUUAUCGAACAUUUGUACGAUGGAAAAAUGAUCGUAGAAAUAUUUCUUUAUCAUUUAGAUUUCCAUUUUAUAUAUCAAUCACAGAUUUUGUAUAUUCUUCAUGCAUCUUAAUGGAGUUUACAUAUGUGACGUUUAGUAAAUCAGAAUUCGUAAAUAAUAAAGAGUCUGUCACAUGGCCAUAUCUAUUCUGUGAAAUUAUUGGAUUAGGCUUUACGUUUAUUGUUCUGUUAAAUAUUUUAUUGGUUGGAGCUAUAUCCAUUGUAACUUGGUUAAGAGUAGUUCGAGAACAUUAUUUAGAUUUGGGAAGAUAUGAUUACAAAGUUUGGCUUCCAAUCCUUUUCGUAUCAUCAAUUAUCCCUCUUAGUACAGUAUACGCCCAUGGUUCUCGGGGUUAUUCGUGCGGGACUAAAAUUGGAUAUCAAAUUGUUGGAUUCAUUGUUCUUGCUAUAAUACUCGUUACAUUAACAACUAUCAUAAUUUGCUACGCAUCUGUAAUGAGAGCGAUUCGUAAAAUUAAAGAAGUUAAUGAAUCCAUUACAAAUUCGCAUAAUAAUUUGAUCCAAAUUAACAGUGUUGAAAGAAAAACCUUUAAAAAAAUUUUAACUUACAUCUUAGUCUUCAUUUUACAAUACGUACCUAUUAUGAUUUAUAACGUUUGUGGAUUUUUAAAGGUUCGCCACGUUAUACUUGACGCUCUUAUCCCAGCAGUUAUAAGUUUAGGAGGAAUAGGAAAUAUAAUCCAAUUUUUAUAUAAUGAAGGAUUAUCAGCUAAUAAAUAUACUUCAAAUUAUAAACUUGAAUCGAAUGAGCAAUCACAGAAAUCAAAUAAUACAAUGAGCGAACUUUAA